AUGGACGGCCAAGGGCAGGGCAAGCAUGAGAAGGGUUCCCACUUGGGUGGCGGCCACGUUACCAAAGAGAUGCUGGGAGAAAUCGACGUCCGGGACACCCAGAUGCAAUGCGUUUUCCAGCCAGCCAGCGACAUGCUUGAGAAGAGCCACCGGGCUGCGGUGGUUUUGAUUUUGGAACACCACCACAGUGGGGAAGACCCUCAAAGUAGACUGCAUGGAGGUAGGUACAAUGAAAGCAACAUCCGAGCAGCCUUCGAGACAUCCUUGUCAUCAGGUGUGACCUUGUUGAACACGGCCCAGAUCUACUACACUUCGGAGGAUUGCAUAGGACUGGGUGGGAAGAGUCAGCUGCGCACCAGCUCGCCAAGCGGAUCGAAGGUGGAAAUCACGCUGCCGGGGGAGUUCAGUGGGAAGAAAUACUGGGCCAAGUUCUGGGCGAAGCUUUGCCAUAAGCAGCGGUCCAUUGAGAAGUGCAAAGUGGACGCACUGGAUGGAUUCCUCAUCCAUUUCCCCAAAGGAAGCCCCGAAGCAGUUGCCGAUCAACUCGCCGUGGCAUACCAGCGAGGGCUGGUGCGCAAUGUCGGGGUCUCCAACUACGACGAGGCCGCGUUGCGGCAGAUGCAUGGGCUUCUGAUGAAGGACCGUGGCGUGCCGCUGAUCUUCAACGAGAUCGAGUUCUCCCUGCUUCGACGGAUGCCCGAGACCAGCGGCCUGCUGAAGGUUUGCAAGGAGUUGGGUGUGACGGUGUUGGCCUGGGCGCCAUUGGCCAGUGGCCGCUUGACUAGUAAGCCCUGCACUGAGCAGAUCACGGACAGCGACACCGUGGCAUGCUUGGAGCAGGUGAAGACUCUGGCAGCAAAGUAUCAGAAGACUCCUGCGCAGGUGGCCUUGAACUGGUGCAUUUGCAAAGGCACUGUGCCCAUUCCUGGUGCACGAACACUGGAGCAGGCACAAGAGAAUGCAGGAGCGCUCGGAUGGCAACUCACUGCUGAGGAGGCAGCUUAG